CACUAUCGCCUCAGUGCUAGUUUGACGACUGGUCCACGCGCAGACUGGAUGCAGGUUGAUCAACUGGGAACCACCGGCUAGACUGAGACAAUGAUGAGGCGGUGAAGUACUGCUGAUGAGCGUGUGAAAUUCGCCAGUAUUGUGUCCGAUUGAGAAAUACUUUACGAACCCUCUGUGCUACAAAAAAAAAACAAACAAACAAAAACAAAACAAAAAUGACGACGACCACGACAUUUCAAGGGAUGGAGCCCGGAGCUAAAAGCAGUUCCAGGGUUUUGCGCCCUCCCGGUGGUGGCUCCAACAUUUCACUUGGUGCAGAUGAAGAGAAACCCCCUGUCCGGAAAAACAAGAUGGCCUCCAGUGUUUUUGCUGAACCCGAAGACCCCUAUGCCAAUCGAAGGAACAACCCUCCAGGUGGGAAGCCCACUGGUGUGCUAUGUGGUGAGUCAUCUGCCCCCCUGAGAAGAGGAAUGAACCACAACACCAACCACUCUGCAGAGGCCCCCACUACCACCACAGAUGGAGAGAAUUCUGUUUGUGAUGCUGAAUACAGUGCUGCUGAUCCUGAAGCAGGUCCAGACCACCAGGCUGAGGCCCCUCUGGCCGAGGAGGCUGCAGCAGGGCUACCGUCGGGCCGCAGGAAUCCACCCGGGGGAAAAUCCAGCCUCAUUCUGGGAUGAAUUCCAAGCUCCUGUCCCCUCCUUAUGUCCACUCCUCUCUGAACUCAUCUGCUUUUGUUUGUUUUCCAAACGGUACCCCAGUCCAUUUGUCUUGGUCCACAGGCAUCCAGUCUGAUGUCCAGCAUCCGUUAGACACCAGUCUCCUCCAUGUCCCCAAGUGCAUUGUUUUGAUACCUCUUUUUUGAUAACAGUUUUGUACUGUUUUUAUUGUUUAUUUAUUUUGACAGAAGCACUUUAUGUAUUUCUAUGUAUAUGAUUCAGAGUCUACCUUUGCCCAGCCAGAAAGGGCACAAGGAUCGCAUCGUCCAUAUUUCUAUAUCCCCUGACUUUACCACAACAGCACAAGCUGUAAGUGAUUACACAACUGGUUUGUAGAACAGGAAGAUGAACAAACUCUCACUGUUGCACUGUGUUCAGUUUUGACCCAUCUUGCAUGCACGUCUGGUCUGUGCUGUAUGAAUGUGAAGAAACAUAACUGUGAAGAUUUUUAUUUUUUUUCCUGAUUCAACAUGUUUUUUUGUUGGGUGUUUACUGUGGAAUAAUUGUAUUAUUGUUGCAUGGAAACUCUUUCUACUGAUUACAGUGUUACUGCCCUCAUAUGAACAAACUAGGAGUGCAUAAAUUACUGUCAUUGUGAUCUAAAGGAUACAGACAUUUGAGGUCAGGAAGGCGAGCAGUGCUGUGGGCCACAUGUCAGGUGACAGAAUUGGAAUAAGCCUUUUUUUUAUAUAUAUAUUGUAGUCUCUAAACUUAGAUUACUGUAACCCCAGUGCCAGUUUUGAGUGCCGUGAUUUUAUAGUUAACAAUUUCCUCUAAAGCAAAGUGUGCCUGUUUGCGUGUUAGGCUAAUACAUCAAACAUGGUUGGGUUUUUGUAAUUUUAACUUACCGGUAUCACUAGGCUUUCCAUUGUGUGCUACAGUGGAAUGUUGUAGGUCCUGCUUCUUACAGUAAGUGUUUCUGGUAAAACCCAUCCAGGAUUUGACAAGUGACCUUAUAACAGCUCAGCCUUUUCUAUAUUUUACCCCCCCCCCCCCCCCCCGGUUUAUCUGUUAAAACAAGCCGCUCAGUGGAAGUAGGGAAAAAAAAUUGUCUUUUUUUUUUUUUGUUUGUUUUGUUUUUAUUAUUUAACAUUUUAUGUGAGAUCAUUCAUACCCACAUACUGUACACCCCCCCCUUCCUGCUUCUGUCUCCUUGGACCCCAGGUGUGACUGUGGCUGUCGGCCGGCUGUCCUGCAAGAAAACCAACAUUUCUUCCGGGCACAUUAAGUGUAUUUACUGUGGUGUUAAUGGGAAGGUGAUACAAGGGAUGACUGUUUGCAUCAUGUACCGAGUAUUGUCGCUGGAUGUUAAGUCACUACAGAAAUUCAAGAAAUGGCACAAAUUGAAUUGAGCAUUAAAAAUCAAUCUUGAUCAUU